AUGAAAGUGAUAGAAAAAAGAGAUGCAUUUUUAAGUGAUUACGAAGUAUUACAAUUCUUAACGAAAUUAGAAUAUCAACAUGGUUGGGAUGACGAUACACAAGCACAAUUACAACAAAAUAGAAGGAAGAAGAUCAAGACGAAGAGACCUUAUAACAAUGUCACAUUACAAAGGAUCACGAGAGAUACGAUAUCAUAUUUACGUGUGAAUAAAACUUAUGUACCACAAGAAGACGAGGAUGAAUCAACAAAAAAUGAAAAUAUGAUAUCUCCAAUAUAUAAACUUAAUGACUCUCAAUUUAGUGAAUUGAUGCUUGCAUUGAACAAAUUCGAAUUAUUUAAGAUAGAAAAAUUACAAAUUGUUAAUCAAAUGCCUCGUAAUUUAGUACAUUUAUAUUCUAUAGUAGAGGAAUGUGAUUCGAGGUUCACAGAAGAUCAAAUUACUGAAAUAAUUGGGAUCGUUGAGGCUCACUCAUGA